AUGACCAUGGUACCGUACGACCUGACACCUCCAUCUCCAUCUCCCAUUGCCAUCUCCAUCUUUCCAUCGCUCUAUUCGCCGCCGCCGCCGCCCCCUCGCCAGUCUCCUGCCUCGAGCCGCCCAUCGUGCACGGCCGCUUCUCCAUCGCCUUCCCAGUUCAUCCAUCGGCUUAAAAUCGAGCUUGCGCGUCCGCUUGGCCUUGCCCCUGGCACCACGACCGGCACCGCCCGAAAAGACAACAAAAAAUCGGCCGGCUUUUGCGAGCGACUCACCCGCACGACGAGAGCUUUUUGCGACUGCUGCUGCUUCGCCACGGGCGCCCCCAAACACCACUUCACCUUGCUCUCACGACGAUACCGUCCCGGUUCGACACGACCUGCCAUGGCUUUCGAGGGCGGCACCGCAUACGCUGAGUCGGAUGCCGACGACGAGUACGAGCGCAGCAUGGGCGGUCACUCCCCAGUCGGCGACUCGGAAGCCUCCCCUAUCGAUUCUGAGCUCUCGACAUCCGCCGAACACACGCCCACCACAUAUGGCCGUCACAGCAGUGCUGACCGCCUGCCCGAGACCAUCAUCUCCGAGUGGACUGUCGACGAGUGCGCCGACUUCAUCAGCAACAUCGGCCUCUCCCAGUAUGCCGACCAUUUCCUUGAAGCUAACUUUGUGCGAAAAGAAAACGAAAUUGUUGGAGAGGCUCUGGUUGCCUUGCUCCACGACGAUUUGAAGAGCAUGGGCAUCGCCAGUGUCGGUCACAGAUUAACAAUCCUCAAGAGUGUAUACGAUGUCAAAAAGGCACAGGAUAUACCCAUGGAGUCGGAUCACUAUCUACCAAUGUCUGCCGACGCCGAGGCUCAGUACGCCACAGCGACCCUCAAGGAUAUCAAGCACCUUGUCGAACAGCUAAGGCUACGCGACGAGCGCAUGAACCUGCUCGAGGGGGACCUACGACGCAUGACGGACGACUUUCGACGGUUACGCGAAGAUGUUUUGCCUGCCCUGCGAAUCGCCAAGGAUGCCCAACAGCCCCUACCCAAUGUUACGUCGGGUGGCCAGGGAUACACAUACGAAGCUGGCAACAUUUCGAGUUCUGGGCCGACGCCUCCCGGCGGUAGCACCGGCAUUGGCGGCGUAAAACGCCAAUACUCGCAACGCAGAAUCCUGAUAGGAGCUACGCCAAAAAGCUCAUCGCCCACACAAGCUGGUCAUGAAAGAACCAUUGAGCAAACGCUAGACCCUGCCAGCGCCGCCGAACGCGCCGUCUUGUCAUCGACUCAUCUUGCCGCCAUGAACGGCUCUGGCCAUAACGCCUCCUCUCCCGGAUACUCGCCCAACAUACCCUCUCCCACAUCUCCGCAAAAUUACCUGAGCGGCACGACGCUCGCAUCACGCUCCUACCGCAGCGACACGGCCACCCCGUCGAUACGAAACUACAGCGAGACGAGUGCCCCACGACGGCGCGAGACGCCGGUGGCCGUACCGGUGCCCGAUACCCCGAACCACCCUCCCGGCUCAGUCGAGAUCUUUAAAUCGUUUCGGGUCUCUAUGGAAGACCCGUGCUACAAAGUUCUACCAGCGGCGCUGCGCAAGUACCAAAUCAACGCACCUUGGGACCAGUACGCUUUGUACAUUGUGUACGGCGACCAGGAGCGGUGUCUGGCCAUGGACGAGAAGCCUCUCAUUCUCUUUAAGCAGCUAGACAAGGAAGGAAAGAAGCCCAUGUUUAUGCUCCGCAAAACGACGAGCGCCCCGAUGGACGGUGACCCCGGUAGCGCAGGGGGCACGUCUUCGGGGUACGGUCCGCCCGGUGGCAUCAUAUAA